CUACUGAUCCUACUCAAGUGCUGCUUCUCUUGUAUUCUUUCCCUCCAAUGCACCCGUAGGAAAGAGGCCCUCCUUAGCAACUAAGGCGCAUUUUAGCAACGGUUGACACGAUCUUAACGUGCACUCCGCUACAGAAGCCCUCUUGCUCCCGCAUUUAUUCGGUUCUUUCUUCUCUACUCUAGUGUCUCUCUCACUGAGUCUCUGAAUCUAAGCUCGCGCGCGCGCGAGAGAGAGAGAGAGAAGAGAGAGAAGACGAUGGAGGAUGCCUCUGGGAGCGCGUCUCUCCCAGGAGGACCAGACGCCAAGAAGCGAAGGGUGUGCUACUUCUACGAGCCUUCAAUCGGAGAUUACUACUACGGACAGGGCCACCCAAUGAAGCCCCACCGCAUUCGUAUGGCCCACAACCUCAUAGUACACUACUCUCUGCAUCGCCGGAUGGAGGUCAACCGGCCUUACCCCGCCGGCCCCGACGACAUCCGGCGGUUCCACUCCGAUGACUACGUCGAAUUCCUCGCAUCCGUAACACCCGAAACUCUUCACGAUCACACACACUCCCGCCACCUCAAGCGCUUCAACGUGGGUGAAGACUGUCCCGUGUUCGAUGGCUUAUUCCCAUUCUGCCAGGCCUCGGCCGGGGGAUCCAUCGGUGCCGCCGUUAAGUUAAACCGCGGGGAUGCAGAUAUUGCUUUGAAUUGGGCGGGUGGGCUGCAUCACGCAAAGAAGAGUGAGGCUUCUGGUUUCUGUUAUGUCAACGAUAUAGUGCUGGGGAUUCUUGAGCUUCUCAAGGUGCACAGGCGUGUACUGUAUGUAGACAUUGACAUUCACCAUGGAGAUGGUGUUGAGGAAGCAUUUUUCACCACUGAUAGAGUCAUGACUGUGUCUUUCCAUAAAUUUGGGGACUACUUUCCCGGGACUGGGCAUCUUAAGGAUAUCGGAGCAGGCCCUGGAAAAUACUAUGCCAUGAAUGUCCCACUAAAUGAUGGAAUGGAUGAUGAGAGCUUUCGUGGUCUAUUUCGGCCAAUCAUUCAUAAAGUCAUGGAGGUUUAUCAGCCAGAUGUGGUUGUUCUCCAAUGUGGUGCCGAUUCAUUGUCAGGUGACAGGUUGGGUUGCUUCAACUUGUCUGUGAAGGGUCAUGCAGACUGUCUUCGCUUUCUCAGAUCAUUCAAUGUUCCUCUGAUGGUCUUGGGUGGAGGAGGAUAUACAAUCCGUAAUGUUGCUCGCUGCUGGUGUUAUGAGACUGCAGUUGCAGUUGGGGUGGAACCUGAAAACAAACUGCCAUACAAUGAAUAUUACGAGUACUUUGGUCCUGACUAUACUCUUCAUGUUGAACCGAGCAACAUGGAGAAUCAAAACUCAUCAAAAGAUUUGGAAAAAAUGAGAAAUAUACUGUUGGAACACCUUUCAAGAAUACAACAUGCUCCCAGUGUACAGUUUCAGGCACAGCCUCCCAGUACCCAAGUUCCAGAUGAGGGAAAAGAGGGUAUGGAUCAAAGGCCAAAAUGUCGCAUUUGGAAUGGUGAAGAUUAUGGGUCUGAAUCUGAAGAGGAUGAAAAGCCUCGUCGACAUGACAACUUAAACAUUGUUGAUCAGGGCAUGAGAGAUGUCAAAGACGAAGUUAUUGAAGAAAGAAAAACUGGGGAAGAACAGUGAUCCUGAGUUGAAUGGAUGAAGCUCCAUCAGGCCUCUAAAUGGAAUAUUUUUAUGUUCAGCCCAAAUUGGGGUGGUGUUAUACCACAACAGUAGAAUAUACCAACAAAGUAUCAAUUGGAAAUUCUCUUAACGAGCUUAUUGAUAACUGUAAUCUCGGAUGCUAUUUUCACGGGCAUGGGAGGUAGUAGGCAUUUUUCCGGGUGUCAAAGCCACUUAUACCUCACUCCUCCAACCUUGAUACACCUGAUGCUCCUUGACACUUGGUCUCUUUGGGACUGAAAAAUUAUGGAUCAUGUUGUUAGUAACCAAAACCAUAGAAUGUAUUCAGUGAAGAAAACAGGGAAAUGAAACGCGUUACUUUUACCUAGAGAAGAUACCUAGAAUCUGUUUUCCCUUCUCUCUCCUCUCCAUAGUUUUGUGCGUGCAAGGUGGAAUAACAACUGACGAAAUCUGGCUUCUGCGCAAUUUGGAAUUAAAGUUAAAGUUGAGUGUCUACGGUCUGCCUAUUAAGUUGUGUUUUGGAACAUUUAAAAAGGCUUCCUAAUUUUGGUUGGCUUGAAUUGAAUACGACCUUUAUUUGGUUUUUGCCCAACUGCAA